GACGAGGGAGAACAAAGGGAUUGGAAAACAUCGCUGAUACGAACUGGAAAACGUCCAUCAUGACAAGAAGGAGCCAGAAGGCAGUCGCGAAUGCCGCGCAACCUUCUUGCUUGAACCCGAACAUCAACGGUAGAUUGAUCACGCGAAAAAGUAAACACUCAUGGGCCAUCUGAAUCUGAAACUCCAAUAUCGAGAAUCUGAUUUCUCACCGCAUGUACUGCCCCGUCCUCUCGUCGACACAGAAGACAACUCUUGCAAUGGGGCUUCUGCUGGGGCAGGGAAAAGAGCCACCCUGUGGCGCAAAUAGUUUUGUGGCGCAUGAGAAUUCAAAAGCUGAAUAUCUGCUGGCGCGUGCAUCAUCACCGGACAAGACACAUCCAACAUGGCAAAGACACAGCAAUAUCAACCAUUGAGCGGGAUUGAUGAUGAUGAAGGGAAAGAGAACGUAUUCAUUCCAGGCGAGGACGGCGACACGCGAAGCACAUGUUCUCGGUCUGCCUUUGCACUGUGUGUGGUUGCCAUAUUGGUGUCUCUUGUCGUCAAUGUGUUGCUCCUGAUUGACAACACCCGGCUUCGGGAUUCAUCUCGCGAUAGUGGGAAGACGAAAUACAGUGGCAUCAAUUUCGAUACAAUGGUCCCUUUCCAGUCGUUCUCUGACUAUUGGAACCCCAAUAUCAGUGACGAAGUCACGGAUGCCAACUGGGACGCCAUAGACACGAAUCCCAUGGCCAUAUCCUUACACGACGACUUCGCAGAACAAGUUGGUCUCGGGCCAUCUACACGAUUUCCAUGGGACACUGAACGCAGCAUCUACUAUAUCAAGGGCUUUCACGAUCUCCAUUGCUUGAAACUCAUCCGCAAAGCGAUUGUCUCCAAGCACAAUCAAGACAACCGCACAUUCACCCUCAGCCACCUGUUCCAUUGUCUGGACGGAUUGCGACAGGAUGUCAUGUGCACAGCCGACGAUACACCCAUGCCCGCUCUAGUCCCUCACCAUGUGGGCGAUGGCCAGCUCCGACGAUGCCGUGACUGGAACAAGCUGACUGCUUGGGCUACGCGGCUUGACCAGCAUGCUUGUCAUGACUUCGAUGAUUACCGGGAGGCUACCAACACCCUAGAAGUUUUCGGACACUGUCCUCAGGACUCGCCAUACCGUCCCGUAGUGGAGGCCUAUUUUGAUUACCAUGGUCACAAAGACCCGUAUGAGCUGAAGGAGGAAGAGAAUCGCAUUGUCUUCUGAAACAUCGGGGUGCCAGAUCGACUGAGCGCUGUCUCCACGCGCUCAAGCAAUGUGCUUGCCUGAACAACAACAGCCAAUGUACUUUUUAGCUGGGUC